AUGGAAAACGAUGAACUACAACGGUAUGUUCGAAGGCUUAAUGAGAAAUACAAUGAAGAAGAAAAUGUUGAAAUGUUGAAACAAUCAACAAAUAAAGUCGGAAAAUCAUUUCCAUCUAUAAUGGUUGUUACAAUUAUCUCAUCUAUGACGAUUGCUAUAUUUAUUGUUGGAUUAGCAAUCUCUAAAUAUUAUACUCGACGUAAAAAACAAGUAAAUGAUUCAUCAUAUAGUGUUACAAGAUACUUUCGUAAUCAACUAAAAUCAACAUCAUGUGAUAGUUUUACCCCAUCACCAACUCUAAAUAAUAAUAAGCAAUCAACAGAUGUUAUUAAUGAAACAUCACGUAUUAUUAAAAGUUCAUUUUCAUGGCCUGAUACAAGUAUGUUACAUAGACAAGAUCAGGAACAACCAGAAUCUUCAUCAUCAAUAUCUUCAUCAUCAUUGUCAAAUUCAUCAACAAUCGAACAUAUUGCUGAACCAGCUUCAUUAACAUUUAGCCUUCGAUGGAAUGAAACAACGAAAACAUUAUAUGUACGUGUUAUUAGUGCUCGAGAACUAUUUAUUUAUCGACAGAAUCGACAACCAUUAAUUAUUGAUUCAUAUGUUCGUAUUGAACUUGUCUCGACAUCAACAGAAAAUAACACCUCAGAAAGCUUGCCAUCAAUGCGCACACAUAUUAUUAAAAAGAAUGCAUACCCUAUUUAUGAUGAAUUAUUUGAAUUUUCUAACCUUGAACAAAUUUUAAAUGACAAUUAUUCUCUUCGCUUUACAAUUUCCACGUAUGAUACAUUUACACGAGAUGAAAUUGUUGGUGAAGUUAAUUAUCCAUUACAAUUUAAUACACUCGAUUCCACUGAAAUGACAUUUACACAAAAUCUGACAGCUCGACAUAAACAACUACACAAUCAACAACUUGGACAAAUGCUUCUUUCUAUAUGUUAUCAACCAGGCGAUAGUACUUUAACAAUUAUUGUCUUAAAAGCAUCAAAUUUACCACGAAUAGGAACAACAAGAUUAAUAAAUCCAUAUUUUAAAAUUUAUAUGUUUUAUAAAAAUCAACGUAUUGUUAAAAAACGAAGUACUAUUAAACGAACAACACAAUCUCCAGUUUAUAAUGAAUGUUUUACAUUUAAUAUACCAAAUAAUGAAAUAAAAAAUAUUCAUUUUGAUAUAAUACUUUUUGAUUAUGAUCGUCAUAUGAAACAUGAUACAAUUGGAAUAUUUUCUAUUGGAAAAGAAAUGAAUCAACAUUGGAAUGACGUAUGUCAUCGACAAAUAACAAAACAAAUAGCUCAUUGGUAUCAAUUGAAACCAUUCAAUGAAUCAAUUCAUUGA